AUGAGCGACUCCCAGGCCUCCCCCGUCGUCACCGCCGUCGUCGACCUCGACAAGAACAACAACGCCAGCGGCAGCAGCGGCAUUAUCCACGGCAGCGGCAGCGGCCACAACAGGGACCGCAUCGUGUUCACGAUGGAGGACGACGACCAGACCGAGGCCGUCGACGAGAAGACCAUGAUCGAGCAAGCGGCCAGCCACGCCUCGUCGAGCAACGACGGCCUGAACACCUGUCUGUACGCGUCGAGCGACCAGCCGCCACGGUCGGACCUGUACCGGCCCCGGGCCGACACCUGGGCGGACCCGGGCCGUCGGUAUGGUGGCAACGACGACGACGACGAUGGCGUCGAUGACGAGACCAGCGACGAGGGCGACGAGCGGGACCGAAGGGCGAAUGGGGCGAGGAGCGACGAGGGCGACGGCGACGGCGACGAUGAAGAUGAAGAUGAGGAGAAGGAAGGGGAGGAGGACGUGGUGAGCCUGUCGAGCGGCGAUAGCGACCCGCGCUCGCUGUCGUCGAUCGCGGUGUCGAUCGCGUUGGGCGCGCGGGAUGACAUCGCCACCGAGCAGCUGCUGCACUCGUCGACAGCCACCACGCGCACCACCAGCGGGAUGGACGAGGAAUUCGAAGAAGGCGAAGAGGCGCGACGGGGGGAGGCUGGCGGCGAUGCCGCCGGCGCUGCCGCCGCCAGGCGCAGCCAGUCGCUCAUCCUGCCAAAGCGGCGGUGCAGCAACGCCGGCAUAUCGACCAAGGGCGACCAGGGCACGAGCCAGAUUCCCCGGGCGUGCAAGACUGUGAUGCUUCUCCUACGCGAUGUGGCCGAUUUGAAAUCUUGA